CCACACUUCUUCUUUCUAUCUAUUAUGUCUUCCUUACUUCCUAUUUCAACCACCCUCUCUGCCUUUCCUUCCACAACCACCCAACUAGCCUUCAAGGCUCGAACCAAUCAAACCCAAGGGUUCAGAGUCUCAUGCAACCAUGCACAAGACGAACAAAAUGACAACAAAAUCAUACUCCCAGAAUCCCAAAAGCUGGUACUACCCAAUGUAGACCGUAGGAACCUGUUGGUAGGGCUCGGCAGCCUGUACACAGCCGUGAACCUGCCUGCGGCCAUGGCUGCGCCCAUUACGUCCCCGGACAUCACGUCCAUAUGCAAGGACGCGAACUCCGGCAUUGGGGACAUCGUGGGUGCGGUCAGGACACGGAAAUGCUGCCCGCCGAGCCUCGGAAAGACGAUCAAACCCUUCGUGUUUCCAACUGAAACCACGGUGAGGAAAAGAUGGCCCGCUCACGCGGGCACUAAGAAGCAGGUGGACGAUUAUAGACGAGCCAUCCAAGCCAUGCGAGAUCUUCCAGAUGAUCACCCGCACAGCUUCGUCAGCCAAGCUAAAAUCCAUUGUGCUUACUGCAACGGUGGUUACACUCAAGUCGAUAGCGGUUUCCCCGAAAUCGACAUUCAGAUCCACAACUCAUGGCUCUUCUUUCCCUUCCACCGUUGGUACCUAUAUUUCUACGAAAGAAUCCUCGGAAAGUUGAUUAACGAGCCAAGUUUCGCGUUACCGUUCUGGAAAUGGGACGACCCAGCCGGAAUGCCGAUGCCAGAAAUGUUUGUGGCCGAGACUGUUGAUGGCCAGCCGAACUCGUUGUAUGAUGUGUACCGCGACUCGCGUCAUCUCCCACCAGCAAUUGUGGAUCUGGACUUUGAUGGUAAGGAUAAGAACAUUCCAGAUCAACAACAAAGAGCUUGCAAUCUUGCAACAGUGUACCGAGAUUUGGUCCGAAACGGAGGUGAUACACUGAGUUUCUUCGGGGGCGAAUACGUUGCUGGUGAUCAACCCGUUGCUAAUGGUGCGAAGUCGGUCGGAUCAGUGGAAGCUGGUAGUCACACCGCGGUUCAUCGAUGGGUAGGCGACACAAACCAGCCGAAUAAUGAGGAUAUGGGCAACUUCUACUCUGCGGGGUAUGACCCUGUGUUCUACUGCCAUCAUGCAAACGUUGACCGUACGUGGAAGCUAUGGAAGGAUUUAGGUCUUCCGGGACACGUGGAACCGACGUCUCCGGACUGGUUAAACGCGUCGUAUGUGUUCUACGACGAGAAUCAGGAGCUUGUGCGCGUGUAUAACAAAGACUGCGUGGACAUAGGGAAACUCAAGUAUACUUUCCUUGAGAACUCCAAGGAAGUGUUCCCGUGGCGCAAGAGCCGACCGGCAAGACGUAGCAAAACCGACCAAGUUGCGUCCACGGGAGACGUGCCAACGGUGGACCAAUUGAAGUUCCCGGUGAGUCUAGAAAAUAUCCUGAAGGUCCGUGUGAAGAGGCCCGCGGUGAACAGGAGUAAAGAGGACAAGGCGACAGCCAACGAGAUUUUGUUGGUUAACGGAAUAAAGUUCGAUAGCGAUAAGUUUGUAAAGUUCGAUGUGUUUGUUAAUGACAAGGUUAAAGACGGUGUUUUUACCACGCCUUGUGAUCCUGAGUACGCAGGUGGUUUUGCACAGAUUCCGCACAAUGAUAUGAAGAAGAUGUCUAUGUCGAGUGCGGGUAGGUUUGGGCUGACUGAGCUGUUGGAGGACACGAAUACCGAAGGCGAAGAGUAUGCAACGGUGACAUUGGUGCCGAGGGUAGGUUGCGAAGAUCUCACUAUUGGCGAAAUCUCAAUCAAGUUGAUUCCUCUAGCGUAAUCUAAUUAAUCCCUAAGCAUUUAAUUGCUAGGGUUUGUGUGUUUGUGUGUUGUUUGGCCUAUAAAAUGCACGUUGAGUUGCAUGGUUGUUUCAAUAAGUUUAUGUAAUAAAUAAAAAUGGCCUACUAUGUUAUGCCAUGUAGGUAACUAUUUUCGCCCUAAUAA